AUGGAGAAUGACGAAGAACAAGUUGGCUCUAUUCGCCAGUCGAAAUAUGCCAAUGGAGUGUUGGAAAGAAAUGGAAAUGGGGAAGGCAAUGGUAAUAACAAGUGGCAGGGCAUUGUGGUUGACGGAAAGACCCUGAUCCUAGACUGGAAUGACCAUAUGAUGAAAAAGGUGCUACGCUUCGCACGACGAGACAAGCUUGGCCAGUGCUCAGACUUCAGAGAAACAUGA